AUGAUUAAGCGAAAGAUCUAUUGGCUUAAUGCAUUAAGUCAAGGUGAAUAUGUAGCACCAGAAAAAAUUGAAGAUGUUUAUGCACGUAGUCGAUUUAUUUCUCAAUUAUUUGUUUAUGAUAAUUCAUUUGAAAGUUUUCUUAUUGCUAUUGUUAUAUUAAAUGAUGAUUAUGUCAAACAAUGGGCAAAAAAUGAAGGAUAUGAUGUCCAAACAACAAUGUCACCUGAAUUUAAUGAUAAAUUAAAGCAAGUUAUACUUAAUGAUAUGAUUCGUGAAGGUAAAGAACGUGGUUUAAUGUCAUAUGAACAAGUUAAAGCAAUUGAAUUUAUUAAAGAAUCAUUUACAAUUGAAAAUGGACUUUUAACAGCAACAUUUAAAGCACGUCGAUAUGCUAUUGAACAAAAAUAUAAAGAAUUUUUUCAAAAGAUUUAUAAAAAUGUCCAUACUUAG